UUAAAGCAGAGGACGAUCAAUAAACGCAAGAGGACUGAUUCGGAGGAGCAGCGCCGGGUGUCCCUUUGGCUUCGUGCGUGCAUGGACCGGACUUGCGUCAAACUUUUCUCCCGCUUCGAGUCGCCCAAACCUUUUAAAUGCCGUCGCUUAAUCUGACAGCUGUGCACACCAUGGCGGAGGUCGGGAGCUUCCUGGGGACAAUCGACUUGGAUUUACAAACCUUUCCUUCGAUCGGGAACGUGCCCGUGGUGGAGGCUCCGGUGGGGCUGAAUGAGCGGCUGGGGCAGAUCGAGGGGAGGCUGCAGCGGGGGUCGCCGACGGAUUUCGGGCACCUCAAGGGGAUCCUGAGGCGGCGGCAGCUCUACUGCAGGACCGGCUUCCAGCUGGAGAUAUUCCCCAACGGCACCGUGCACGGGACACGACAGGACCACAGCAGAUUCGGUAUCCUGGAGUUCAUCAGCCUGGCAGUGGGUCUGGUCAGCAUCAGAGGGGUCGAUGCUGGACUCUACCUGGGCAUGAAUGAGAAAGGAGAGCUCUUUGGGUCGAAGAAGCUGACGGCAGAAUGUGUGUUCAGGGAUCAGUUUGAGGAGAACUGGUACAACACCUACUCUUCAACUCUGUACAAGCACACGGACACGGGGCGCUUCUACUACGUGGCCUUGAACAAGGACGGCUCGCCCAGGGAGGGCAACAGGACUAAGAAACACCAGAAACUCACCCACUUCUUACCCAGGCCGGUGGAGAUUGAAAAGAUCCCGCAGGCCUACAGAGACUUGUUCCAGUACAGGUGACCAGAGCUGGUUCCACCGGGAGGAACAGAAGUAAACAAGGAGGAGAGGGGGGGUGUUGUGGAUAUUUUGGACCCGGUACAGAACCUUUCACCCUCAACACGCGCUGAGGUCACUACGUUUACACCUCAGCCUACUACAAAGCACCUACGGCACUGACAUAAACUAUGUGCCAAUCCUGGAUGUCGCUUCUUUGCUUCGGUAGUGGACUUGCGACGCCGGCGAGGACAGAGAGUCGUCGUGUAAAACCACUACGGCCAUGGGGACAAAUGUGGCCCACCUGACUGCCCAGCUGUGGGGCAAUCAGGUGCCACGCUUCUCUAAAUAACCACUUUUUUUUGUUUUUUUAAAGGUAAAUGCAUAGAUACUGAAAGGGCGUGCAGUGACGGAUGGAGCCGCGAGGCAUAAGCUCGGGGGGGAGAACCAAAGUUGGUAUGAGAAGGCAGGAAAGAUGCUUAGCUGCAGAAAGGAAACAGUAAGCACUGCAGAUGAAACAUGGCGCGUUUGUCAUGCUCCGUAAACAGUCACGGUAAAUGUAGGCGAGGGCACAUUCCACAAACACAGAGAUGGAUGGAUAGACGGAGCGUGGCAGGUUUGGAUGGUCGGGCACCAGAGCGAACGGGAACAAACUGGUACCACGGGAGCUUUUAUUGAGUUGUCCUCAAAUAUCAAAGAUGAAAGCGGGGACGUAAAAUCGCUGAUGAAUGUGUGACAGAUGAAAAGAGCACUUACUGCACAUCCCCAGUUCCCAGCUGCAGGCCCGCUCGGCCUCCCAUGCAAUCAUCAGUCUAACGAUCGCAUUCAUCACGUUUAGAUAAAGCACGGAGCGGCGUCUUGUAGGAGUUGUAUGCGGAACAAAACGAUGAGGCUUGGGACAAAAGCACUUCUCUGACUGUGGUUGAA